AUGGUUACCAUCAAUUCUCUACCCUCACUGCUCCCUGGCGAAGCCAAAUCACAUCAUGUUGGGAAUCCACCCACUGGAUUUCAAAAUCCAUGGCCAUCAUUUCCCCAUCAAAGUCAAGGUUUGAUGAACGUAUUCAAGACCCGGUUCUCGAAAGAUAAGCCUCCGUUCAAGCCGGUCCCAGAUCGAUCGGAGCUUGUGCAGGUACAAAAGAUCGACUUCGCCUUUCCCGAUCCUGGGUUCAAGGUAACUUGGAUUGGUCAUGCCAGCUUCCUAUUACAAACUUCAACCCCGGCUGGUGCAUCCCGUGGGUUCAAUAUCCUAUGUGAUCCGCUGUUCUCUGAACGCACAUCCCCGGUCACCUUCUUGGGUCCCAAACGAUACAACCCUGCCCCAUGUACGAUACAUGAAUUACUGGACAAUGUCGAAAUCGAUCUCAUUCUGAUUUCCCACAAUCAUUAUGACCAUGCCGAUGCUGAAACCCUGAAGGCAAUCUGUGCCCAUCGGAAAUCCAAGGUUCACAUCCUGGUCGGGCUUCAUAGCUCUCGCUGGCUGGUUGGACAUGGCAUCUCUCGAUCCUGCAUUACCGAGGUGGACUGGUGGGAUCAGUUCGAAGUGCAGGUUGAGGACGUUGGUUCUGUGAAAAUCACAUGCACCCCGUCCCAGCACUUCUCGGGCAGAAGUCCUUUCGACCGUAACUACGACCUGUGGUGUUCGUUCGGCAUCGAAGAACUGCAAGGCGAUCAGAAGAAGUUAUUCUUCUCAGGCGACACCGCAUAUCGAGCGAUUGCGGAUCCUAAUCUCACUCAUGAAGAAGAAGAGUCACAUCCGGCCUGUCCUGCUUUCAAACAGAUUGGCGAUUUGCUUGGUCCAUUUGACCUCGCGCUGCUUCCGAUAGGGUUGUGUGAACCGAGGGUGUUCAUGUCUGCGGUCCAUGCUAACCCAUGGGAUUCCAUUCACAUACAUCGAGAUGUCAGGAGCAAGAAAUCUAUCGGUAUGCAUUAUGGUACUGUCCGUGGAGGCCUUUCACAGUACUAUGAGGACGUCAGAACACCGCCGAAAAAUUGGAAAGAGGCCGCGGAUACUGCAGGAUUGAAAUGGGGUGAAGAGAUCGGGCUGGUAAACAUCGGCGAGACUCUGGUGUUAGGUUGA